CGCUGUCGGAAGCCUUCGGAACACCAGCCGGGUUUAUCGCGGAGCCCCGGCUCUCCUUUCCUUGUCACUUCUGGGAAAGGUGUCGCGCAGGUUCCGCCUCAGCUCGUCAUUCAGCCGCCCCGGGCCCGGCUUCGUCGCCGCCGCGCCCCUCCCCUUCUGUCCGUCAGUUGGGCUGCGCGCGCGCAGGGGCGCGGGCCCAAAGCCUCGUCGUCUCGUUCUCCCGGCGCCUCGCCUCAAGCGGGACGGUCCCCGCCUCCCCCGCGCUUUCUUCCUUCUCCUCCCCUCCCUCGUUGGUGUGACCGAGUCGGGGAGCCGAUCUCUCUCCUUCCCCCGCCGCUGCGGAGGCCAUGGCGGCGAGCGCCAAGCGGAAGCAAGAGGAGAAGCACCUGAAGCUGCUGAGGGAGAUGAGCAGCCUCCCGCCCAACCGCAAGUGCUUCGACUGCGACCAGCGCGGCCCCACCUACACCGACAUGACGGUGGGCAGCUUCGUGUGUACCUCCUGCUCCGGCAUCCUGCGAGGUUUAAAUCCACCUCACAGAGUGAAGUCCAUUUCCAUGACCACAUUCACACAGCAAGAAAUAGAAUUCCUGCAGAAACACGGGAAUGAAGUUUGUAAACAGAUUUGGCUAGGAUUAUUUGAUGAUAGAUCAUCAGCAAUUCCAGACUUCAGGGAUCCUCAAAAGGUCAAAGAAUUUCUACAAGAAAAAUAUGAAAAGAAAAGAUGGUAUGUUCCACCAGAACAAGCAAAAGUUGUGGCAUCUGUCCAUGCAUCUAUAUCUGGAUCUUCAGCUAGUAGUACAAGUAGUACACCAGAAGUCAAGCCACUUAAAUCUCUCCUGGGAGAGUCUGCACCAGCAUUGCACUUAAACAAGGGCACGCCUACGCAAUCUCCUGUUGUAAUUCGAUCUCAAGGACAGUCACAAGAAAAGAAACAGUUUGAUCUUCUCUCUGACCUUGGUUCAGACAUAUUUGCUGCUCCUGCUCCCCAGUCCACAGCUACAGCGAAUUUUGCUAAUUUUGCACAUUUCAACAGUCAUACAGCGCAGAACUCUGCAAAUGCAGGUUUUGCAAACUUUGAUGCAUUUGGACAGUCUAGUGGUUCGAGUAAUUUUGGUGGUUUCCCCACAGCAAGUCAGUCUGCUUUUCAUCACCAAAAUACAGCGUUCAGAACGCUUUCAUCUAGCUGCAGUUUUGGUGAAUUUACUACUUCCGCUUUCCCUCUCCAGGCUGUGCGCAGUAAGUUCCACCAAGGUGGAAGCGCUGGAUCAGUGAAUGCUAACUUUGCACACUUUGAUAACUUCCCUAAAUCCUCCAGUACUGAUUUUGGAGCCUUCAGUGCUUCUCAGACCAACACAACUGCAGUCAGUAAAGCUGCAGUGAAUAAAUCGAGCCUCCAGUCAGCAGAUAAAUACGCAGCUCUUGCUAAUUUAGAUAAUAUCUUCAGCACAGGGCAAGGUGGUAGUGAGCAAGGAGGUAGCUUUGGUGCUGCCAGUACAGCGCCAGCAGGUCCCACUGUGUCAGCCCCAAGUCAGCCAAGUACAUCUUCAGACAAGUAUGCAGCUCUAGCAGAAUUAGACAGUGUGUUCAGCUCCACAUCAACCUCUAGUAAUGCAUAUACUUCCACCAGUAAUGUUAGCAGUAAUGCUUUUGGAACAGUAUCUGUGGGUGCUAAUACACAGACACAGCCUACGUCAUCAAGCGGUCCUGCUCAGUUUGGAGCAACGCCAUCCACAAAUCCAUUUGUGGCUGCCCCUGUAGCCGCAGUAGCACCUUCAACAAACCCAUUCCAGACCAAUAGCAGAGCAGCAACAGCAGCAACAUUUGGCACAGCAUCCAUGAGUAUGCCUGCAGGAUUUGGAACAACUGCCUCAUACAGUCUUCCUACAAGCUUUAGUGGUAACUUCCAACAGCCUGCAUUCCCAGCUCAGGCAGCCUUUCCUCAAGCUGCUUUCACUCAGCAACCUAAUGGAGCCAGCUUUGCUGCAUUUGGACAGGCAAAACCAGUAGUAACCCCAUUUGGGCAAGUUACAGCUGUUGGAGUAUCUAGUAAUCCGUUUAUGGCAGGUGCACCAGCAGGUCAAUUUCCAACAGGAAGCUCAUCAACCAAUCCUUUCUUAUAGCCUUAUAGACACUUUUCCUAAAAGAACUCUUAUGUGAUCACACAACAUCUCUGCGCCUCUUGCACUAUUGUCUUGUUUCACUGAUCUUAGCUUUAAACACAAGAGAACUCUUUCAAAAGAAUAAAAAAGCCUGCAUUGUCUAUUAAAACCAAGAAACACCAGGUAAUGUGCAAAACGGGGCUGUGAAAACAUCCUUUUAUCUGUGCAUUGGCAGGAGAAUGUUAACGGUGUCAUGUAUAUUAAAAUUGGCUAAUAAGUUAUUGCAGGUCAUUAUGCUGCAGUACUGUACAUAUUUUUUUCCUUAGGAAUUAGUUAUUUGUGCAUAUCAGUAUUUGUAACUUUUAACACAUUGUUAUGUGAAAAACGUUACUGGGGGAAAUAGAAUCAGUCACUUUAAGGUGCUGUCAUAUCUCUUGGAAUGAAUGACCUACAUCAUUUUAACCAUUGCUGUUUGAAGUUAUGAGUUCAAAAUCGAAGGUUUUAUUCAUUUCUUGAAGUGUUUUUCCUUACCUAAAGAGCUCUUCUAUUUAUACAUGCCUAAAUUCUCUAUAAUGUAGAGGGAUACCUGUCUGCAUAAUAAAGCUGAUCAUGUUUUGCUACAGUUUGCAGGUGGAAAAAAAUAAAUAUUAGAAAAAGCA